AUGGAUGAGCAAUUUCAACUGUUGUUUGAUAAGAUGAAAAUGGAAAUGCAAAACCAAACAACUGAAUUAAGUAAUAUAAUACUUGAAAAAAUGGAUGAAAAAUUAAAGCCUGUGCUAGAAGAAAACAAAAUAUUGAAACUUAAAGUGGAAAACCUGGAACGCAAGGUGGAGCUGUUAGAAAGAGAUAGAAAAAAUAAUAAUAUAAUAAUUCAUGGAUUACCAGAAAAGGAACAGUCUAUAGUGGAUUUAAUUAAUAAUAUUAAGGAAUGUUUUUCGUAUGAAUUAAAUAUAAAUAUAGAAAACAAUGAAAUUAAUAAAAUAUAUCGUAUUGGCAAAAAAAACAACAAUGAAAAACCAAGGCCUACGCUUCUGUCAUUAGUUAGUGGGUGGAAAAAGACUGAAAUUAUGAAGAAUAAAAAGAAAUUACAGGUGUUGUAUAUAACCGAUGACUAUCCCAAGGAAAUUUUAGAAAUAAGAAAGUCAUUACAACCCAAACUACUUGAAGAAAAGAAGAAAGGUAACUUUGCGUACAUAAAAUACGAUAAACUCAUAGUGAAGGAAAACUCUAAGACUACAGAUAAAAGGAAAAGAGAGUUGUCCACCUCACCGCAAGCUGAAUUACAGUCAAAAAAACAAAUGCAAAAUCUAUCAAAGACCAACAGGAUUAAUGCUUUUGACAUGAUGAGAAGCCGAUCUCAUUCCCUGUCAACAAUUCCAACGACAAUUAAACAAUAA